GGGCGGGCACCCUGAGCGGGCCGGCAUGAGGCUGCAGUGCGAGGUGGAGGUGCGGAGCCGCCUGCUGCCCAGCUGCGGCCUGCGGGGCCGGGCCAGGGGCGCCCGCGCGCUGCUCUCCCUGGGCCGCCCGCCCGACAGGCCGCCCGGCCACAGCGCCUACCUGAUGGUCUGCACCGCGCGGGACCGGGCCGGGGCCAGGUACAAGUUAAAGGGGAACAUUGAGCAGUUCUUCACCAAAUUUGUGGAGGAAGGGAAAGCUACUGUUCGUCUGAAAGAACCUGCAGUGGAUGUCUGUCUCAGCAAGGCAAAUGCCAGCAAUUUAAAGAGCUUCCUUGCAGCAGUGAGGCUGGCUCACCGAGGCACCGAUGUUGAAGCACUGCCGCUCUCAGUCUUGGUACCAGCAAAGACUUCAGAAGUUGAAAAACCUAAAACUAAGAUGAUCAUUACAUCGAGAAGAGACUAUCCGCUAACCAAAAAUUUCCCUUACUCCCUCGAACAUCUGCAGGCCUCAUACUGCAAACUCGCCCGCGUCGACAUGCGAAUGCUUUGUCUGAAAAAACUCCGAACACUAGAUUUAAGCCACAAUCAUAUCAAAAAGCUGCCAGAAACUAUUGGUGACCUUGUCAGUCUUCAGGAGCUUAAUCUGCACAACAAUCACUUGGAGUCUUUCUGCGUAGCUCUGUGCAACUCCACGCUUCAGAAGUCUCUCCAGUUUUUGGACCUCAGCCAAAAUAAAAUCAAAGCACUUCCAGUUCAGUUUUGUCAACUGCAAGAACUCAUUCACUUAAAGCUUGAUGAUAAUGAGUUGAUUAGGUUGCCAUUCAAGAUGGGCCAGCUAAGUCAACUACGCUUCCUGUCAGCAGCCCGUAAUAAGCUUCCUUUUUUGCCCAGUGACUUCAGAAAUCUCUCACUUGAGAAGUUAGAUCUCUUUGGAAACCCUUUUGAACAGCCUAAUCCUCUUGUGCCCAGCAUACAGCUAAAAAUACCAUUAACUUUAUUAGAAUCUGCUGCAAGAGCAACAGUAAAUUACAGGAUCCCUUAUGGUUGUCAUCUCCUUCCUUCUCACCUCUGUGAAGAUCUGGAAGUAGCUAAAACAUGUCAAUGUGGAAGUGCCUGUCUAAGCUGCUUCAUUCAGACAACAGUGACCAUGAAUCUCCACCAUGUAGCUCAUACUGUGGUCCUUGUAGAUAACAUGGGAGGUACAGAGGCACCCAUUGUCUGUUACUUUUGCUCUCUAACUUGUUAUUCCCAGUUUCUAGAUAGAUAUCUGCAAAGUAAUAGGUGAUCUUAAGGGACAGCAAAGGCACUGUUGUGGGAAGUUUCAUCCAGUGAUGGAGGACUCCGAAAUCAAAUGUUGCUUGGCUGUCCUUGUCUGCUGUUAUGAAAUGGAGACAAACCAUUGACUGUGCACUACAAAUAGUUAAUAAUGUCAAACUUACAAAGCCUUCUCACUGUAAGCCUGAUGUGGUGUGUCGGUGCUUUAAAGUUUCACUAAACUUAAGUAGCUAACAGAAAGAGAGAUCGCUCCCAACUUGAGUCUUCUUAGUAAGAAUGUAUUUUAGCUUACUUAUAUUGCUGUAACUUUCUCCAAAGCUUCACUAUUUUUUCUCUUUAUGCUUUUUUAUGGAAUAGAUGACCUCUUCUUGCCAGAAGGAGGGAGUUGAGUGAAUUUCUGCUUGUUUCUGUUGUUAGUCUUGUACGCUGUCCCUUGCUUGAUGCUCUGAAUUCUAUCAGCUAGAGAGUGGUAGACUUUUUUCGUAAUCCAGAAUCUACUAUUCUCCUUCAGUAAGAGCACAGUGUGGUGCCUUUCCUGCUAGAGAGCAGGAGUCCUAUGUCUAUUCACUCACUUGUUUAUUGUGGAGCAGCAAAGUAGUCUGCUGCCAGAGAGUAUGACUAGUUCUAAAACACUCUUCAGGUAUUUUCGGUUCCAUAAACAAUUCCAUGUGUAGGGUGCUCACCUCAAACAGGAAACAGUAUUAUGAUUUUUUUAUCAGAACAAAUGUUUGUGUUUUUUAUAACUUUGUCAUGUGAGAGAGAAAUGACAGCUUCACAUUCACAGCCUAAAUUGUUUACUAUUUCUAAGCAUCAUGUAAAUUUUUAAGGUUCUUGGGAUGUUCCUUAUAUGAUUACUUCAGUUAUUAAAUGGUGAAAUUCUUUUUCUUGCACAUGUGAAUUUAUACAGAUCUUGCUUUGGAUUACAAUUUCACUUGUCCAUUAUGAUCAUCUAAUGCUUUCCGGUCACUAGUCCCAGUCUCUUAUCUUGACCAAGAUUCUGAAAUGUUUGGAGAGCCUUUGCACUCCUAAUUCAUGUCUUGUCCGUGGCUUGAUUAUUCAGUAGAAGAGCUUCUGGGCAAUCUUUAGACUGCCUGUGCCGAAGGAGCUUGGACACGUCAGAACGUGUUACAGCUUUGGAGAGGAAAUGUAACAUUGAAAUCCCUUUUGUCUGUUUUUCUGGAGCCGCGUUACUAAUUACCAUAACAUGGGCUGUACAUUGCCCACCUUUCCAGGUUUCUGAGGCCAGGUCUACAUUACAGACCUAUAUCGGUAUAACUAUGCACUCUAGGGAAAAAUACUUUUCUUUAGGGAAAGGAACCUCCCAAAGCUAGUGAAAACAGUUUAGAAAUGUUUAGGUACAUGUUCACUAAUACAUUCUCUAACACUGGUAGCAAAUGUCAUGUGAGUUUAUAUACUGUGUUUUCAUCAUUAUAUAAUGUUUGUGAAGCACUAUAUUAGUAAAGGGAACAAUUGAUUUUAUUA